AUGUCCAAUGGAACGAGGGGCCGGGAGCCGGCAAAGCCCGCUCAAAGCCUCUCUCUCGACUUAUCACACCAUAUUAAAGGAUGUUAUCGACUGAUCAAACUAGUCGUGGAUGACGGAUUGGGAGAUUCAGGUGAGCCCGAAUCAAAGGUUCCCGAGCGGAAUGUCCUAACAUGCCUUGCAGUACAAAAGACGAUUGUUGACCAGGAAUCCAUCAGACGGUAUAUAGAUGUUGUCUCCCCUGGCUCCUAUCGGUCCACUUCCAGAAUUGACUUCAAUGGAUUGGACAAGCUUACCAUGAAGCCCAGAGGCGUUUAUGGAAGCAUUAGCUCUCUCGUCACCUUCUUGUUAAAUAUUGAUAGCAUCGACUCGGAGAUUGCUUCCCUUCUAUGCGAACCGCGGGACGAGUCAUCUGGCAUUACUCGACCUGUUCUUUCCACUGGAAUUUACCUUUUAGAUGGUCGCCAUAUCAAGGAUGAUCUCAGUUUUAUAAUUUUCUGGCCAGAGGAUGAUAUCUGGGAUGACGAGGCCGAAUUGGAAGCCUCGGAUAACCGUACGAUCUUCAUGAGAUACCUACAAAAGCUGUCGGAUCAAUUGAUCUGCUUGAUUUCAGACGAAGACGCAGCCAAUUUAGCAUUGGAAGGCAAUCAAACCAGCAAUACCAUCGCUGGCACGCAUACAAACGGGGAUAUCAACUCAGAUAAGGGUAGUACGAAUGCUUUCGAGGAGGCGGAGCCAGACCAUAAGGCCGGGCCAAUUUAUGAAACUAUAUCCAUCAAGCAUCUAAUAUCCACUCAACCGAACAGUUCACCACCCGGAUACCCCAGUCACCUUCCUUCAUACCUCUUAGAUCCCAGGAUCGUCGGUGGUGAGGCUGUCCAUGGGAUACUCCUCACGAGCUAUCUCGCAGAAGCAUUCCUAUUUCUGAACGAGCAACUGACUAGGUUCAACAGCGGAAAACAAGGAUACCAAGUCGAUAUAGACGAAAGCAUCGAUGAACAAAGCAUCACCAUUUUGAUGCAGAUGGAUUUUGUGAAGGCUCGAUGCGGAGACUUGGAGAGUAGAUGGAAAGCUUAUAAAGAGAAGCUCAAGUCGAAUCUAGAAGCUUCUUAUGCUUCCAAUCUCGGAGACCGUAUGGCCGGGGUGCAUGGGAUUGAGAGAGCCUUGACAGUAUGGAUGAUAUACAAGGUUUCUGAAUUUCACCCGGGGUGGGUGCUAGGAGAUCUUCUUAGGAGAGUCAGUAAUAGUGAGGAUACGCCUGUCGACUUGGAAUCGGCUCGUGCAAGAAUUGAAGUCCUUUUUAACGAUUAUUACGACAUCAAGUUAGAAGCACUGGCAGAGCUGAAGAUCAGGAUUAAUCAGCUCGAGCAAGACCAAGAGAGAGCUUACAAUAACUCAAAGUCGUCCCUUAAGCACCAAGUGAACUUGGUCGACGAGAAAACGAUUGAGGCGACCUCUGAAGACUCCCUUACGCUCUCUGAUAGCUGUUUUAGGAUUCUUGUCAGAAGAACUAUGGCGCCCUUCAAGGCACUCAAAGCCCUCUUCUGCCCUGUGGCUGGAAGUAAAGGUAUCGAAGGCACACCAGGAGGAACCACCAGAAAACAAUCAUCCACGAAUGCUAGGGGUCUUCGAAAGCUACUCGGGCGUACUGAAAAGAGGAAGCAGCAGAUUUUUGAUGACAAAAGAAGCAACCCAUCCCUCAUAGACUCUCUUUGGACGAUCAUACUAGAACAAUCUGAGCGCACGGGACAACGGCUCAAAGAUGCUCUCCGACGUCGGUAUGAGGAGGAGCUGAAGCGAGUUUUCAACAAAGAAGUCAAGCAAAACGAGGUACAAGUGACACAAACUCUGCCAAGGCCCACCAUCAGGAUUAAACGCAUACAAAUAUCGCCUCAAGAUGACCUCGUGUUCAAUGAAGGUUCGUCUAAAUCAUUCGAGAGGUGUCAAUCCAAGUCAAAAUCUUCCUCGUCCAGAUAUCAGCCAUCGGGACACUUGGCAGUUCACUCUUCCGCCCGAUAUUACGUUACGUUCAAAGCAGCCCUCGAUUUCACCAAGAACAUAGGGUCAUCUAUUGGGAGAUAUGUUUCCAAGAAAGCCUUCUAUGUGGAGGAGCCUGGACAGCAAGCCAAUUUUGCCAUAGAUGAAUCGAGUUGCUCUCUCGCAUUGCUUUCACGAUCAGAUACCUCACUACAACUUCAUCGCUUUAAAUACGAUGUCGAUAAUGCCACAUUAUCACCAUAUGGAAGUCCUGCAGACCUGACGCGAUGGUAUCCUAGGGGUGUUCCUAAAAUUUCGGAAUUACUCUUUAUUGGAGGCCCUGAAGAAGAGCUCCUACUCGUAGACGAGAGCGCCACAUUUUCUCGACCCCUGAUAGCUCUCAUUUACUUUGGGUCGACUUGUUUGACAAUCGCACUCGGCUUCAAUGCGUUGGCCGGAAUUCCUUUGGACAAG